AUGUGCGUGGAGCUUUUAGCAGUGGCCAUGAACUUGCGCCACGUGGAUUUGAGCGGCUUGCCCCUAGCGGUGAAGCUGCAGCUGCCCUUGUGCAUGGGUCUCGGCAGCCACCAGAGCCUCGAGACGGUCUCCUUGUCCAACGUGGGCUUGGGAGGCACUUGCGGAACUGCAGAGUGUGCAAGGCGGCUGGUGGGCUCGGUGAGCGUGAGCUCCCUGGACCUCAGUUGGAACUGCUUCGACCAGGAGGACUUCCAGCAGAUGGGCCGACAGCUGGCGCAGACCAAGCCGGGGGGGUCGAAGUUGAAGAAGCUCUGCUUGGACAGCACCUCCACAGUGAAUGCCAAUAACAACGACAGCUCCAUCGCCGAGCUGCUGGAGGCUUUGGCAUACAACACCUCCCUGACGGAGCUGAGUAUCGCGGCGAACCGAAUCGACUUCAAGGCCGCGCUGGUCCUGGAGGACGCGCUGGGGUACCACGGGCAGAUGAAGAACAUCAACAUCGCGCAGAAUCCUUUGGGAUGCUUGGGCUUCCGCAGCCUCUUGCGGCUUAUGGCCAGACAGUUCAACAACAUCAGGCACUUCGACGCAGACGGCUGCUUCACAGGCGCCCCAGAUGUUGAUGAGGAUUCUUCGGUGGCGCUGUGCCAGUCGUUCUCCUUCACGAAUCCAGGUGGCCGCUACAAAUUGGAGCUGGACCGACCCUACCACCGCGCCAUGCUGCGGAUGCUCUGCAAGACCACUGAGCGCUACAAGGUGACGGUGGACAAGGGCAUGUUCGACGUCAGCUACUCCUUGGGCCAUAUGUCACCCUUGACCAAGCACUCCACGGGCGUGUGGCAAGUGCCCUGCACGGGCGAACUGAACUUCACCUUCAGCGUGGAGAGCGAGCUCGAGGAGAACAUGAAAGGCAUCGAAGACGACAACUUUAUCGGCUUUCUGCAGAGCCUCGAUCUGGUGCAGAACAUGAAGCACUUCGACCUCACCCGCUUCCACCCGGACUGGAACAAGGUGGUUCCGCUUUGCGCCAAGUGGGCGGAGCUCUCCGGGCGGUCCUUGGACCAGGAGGUCUUUCUGCAGGCGCUGGCCAAAGACUUCAACAUGACUGUGGCCUAUGCAACUGGGCUAAACGAGAGCGAGCGAGUGCACCACCUCUGCAUAGUGGCCCCUGAUAUGGAGACGGCGGUGAUGAACGCCAUGCUGCCGUGCACUCCCGAGGAUGGAGGCUCCAGGUAUUUGCUGCUGCAGAACCUGAGGUCUCUGCCCAGCUUUGUGGCCACCUAUGAGACCAUGGAGUGCUUCCUGCUCUUCAACGUGCAGAACCCCACCGGGCACUACAAGUUCGAGUUGAACAACACCUCUGAGUUCGCAGUAGCUCAACGCCUUUUGCUUUUGGACCGCUGGGAGUGUCACAUCAACAAGCGCUACGGCCGCGUCGACAUCUCCUCUCGUGGGCGCCAUGGCAAGCAGACCGGUGCGCGUCUCCCCGAUGCGGCGGGCGCGAAUUUGUGGGCAUAUCAGAAGAGAUGGCAUUGGCACUCCCUGAAAGUGUAG